AAUCAAGUACUUGUAUAUAAAAGAAAAACAAAUAUAAAAAUGUCGCUGGAUCCAAAUAUACCUCUUCCACUUGAGCCAAUAAAAUCUAGUGCUGUUGAGGAUAGAAGAUUAUGGGUAGGAAAUUUGGAUCUAAGAAUUAAUGAGUAUCAACUAUUAAAAAUCCUUCAACAAUAUGGUGAUAUUGAAAAAUUUGAUUUGCUGUUUCAUCGAUCUGGACCACAAGCUGGUCAACCAAGAGGAUAUGCAUUUGUGACGUAUACAAAUGUUGAUGCUGCUAUUAGUGCUAAAAAUAUACUUAACAAUGCCAAAUUAGGAUCUAAAAAUGUUGUACUUAGAUGGGCUCACAAUGUUUCAGAGAGUGAUAUGAAAAAAGAAAAGCCAAAAAUUGAAAUUACAGCUCUUGCUGGUGCUAAAAAAGAAGAUGUUAAAAUAAGUCGACAAACAACAAUACAAGCUAUUGAAGCAAAAUUAAAAUUAAUGGAAGAACGACAAGAUGAUUUUGAUUUAAACAAACCACAAUUUGGCAUAACAGUCUCUGAACCAAGCCAACAAUCAACAUCAGAUUGUCAAAAAACAUCGUCAAAUAGAUACCGUUAUCAAUAUUAUAGGCAUUAUCAAAACCGUCCUUAUUCACGUUCAAGGCCAAGAAGAUAAUAAAUGCUUCUUUUUUUAAAUUACAAAAUACAAGGAUUGAUCCUUUAAAUGAAAUAUAAUUUUUUAAAAAAAUUUUACAUCAAAAUCAUGACAAAAAUACUCCGUACUUUAUAAUUUUUUUUAUUAUUCAUUUUAAUUAUUGUUUAAAUAAUAUUUUAAUUUUCAUAUAAUGAGAAAAAAUAACUUGGUAAC